GUUCGGUCGCACAGUAAGUAAAUCAUUGACUCCGCCUUAAACCAGUAUAGGAUUCUGUGGUGUUGCUCGGAAGCUUUGAUCAUAUCAACAAGAAAUUUUGGCAACUCUUAACUCUGUUCUCUGAUUUUAUAACACUCUCUAUUGAAUCUUUCCCGUUUUUUUUAUAGAUUUUAGUGAAACAAGCUUAAUUUCAGUGACAAGGUAUAUCGGAAGUCUUAUUACUGAGCUUUUAGGAAAGUCCGCAAAGAAAUUUUAAAACUUGCGAUUUGUUUUUUUCUAUAUGCUGGUAGGUUGCUGUAUUAAAUGGAAGUUUGGCAAAGCAAGCUGCAGUGUCAGAGGGAUCAAAAUAUAAAAGUAAGUUUGGAAAACAAACAAAAAAUACAAAAAUAGCCUAAACAUUUUGAAAUAAAGCAAUGUAUAGCAAUUUACGAAAUUAUGCCACCUUGUUAAACGUUGUAUACUAUUUUUUAAAAGCCUCAGCUUAUAAAGCCUCAUAACAAACAACUGAACUGUUUAAUAUCUCUGUGGGAAACUUUAAAGCCUCAUUUAAAAUAAUGACGAUUGUUCUUCAGUGAAAACGUUUCUUUUUCGGGACUUGUCAGAAAUUAGCAGGGAGGAAGGCAGGGUGGGAGUUUUAAAUUUGGGUUCGGAAAUGAGGUGACCCAUCCCUGCAAUGGGAGUGAAAUUUUCUAACCCUCCCCUUGACCUUGGCCUAAAAUAUCAUGACCCUCCCCCUCUUGUAUAAAUGAUAAAAUCUAGUUCUUGCAAUACACUAGGGUGAGUCAGUAUUAUGAAAGCUCAAAAUAUAUUUCCAAUCUGUUCUUUGUAAUGCCAUAUACAUACAUUUUAGAUGAUAGCAUUAAGCUGAGUCCGACUCUGAUUCUGACAGCUGAUCACUCGACUCUCCUAUUUCUCCCACGUUUUUUUUUACAAAAUAAAGAACUUCUUUCUUUUUCUGUGGGUGAACCUCUACAUGAUCACGGACACAUAUUUUCAUGACCCCUCCCUUUUCAGCAGUCUCAAAAAGCUGUGACCCUCCCUCUGUUCCCCCCCCCCCAUCAAAUAAUAAUAUUGCUUAAAGAAGGGUGGAUUUUGCUUUGACGUUAAGCAAGCUUGAUCUUACGCAGUUUAUACCAGACGAAGACCUCCAAAAUGGGGGCACAUUUGGCUACUACCCCGUCAAAUAGAAAUAUAUUCACCUGGAUAGUGAGAAGAUCUUUAAAUGUAAUAUCACACAAAACGGAACUAAAAUUGAAUUUGCUUUGCGAGAAAUUCCCAUUUAAAUCUUUCGUUUCAAAAUUAUAACUUGAUUUAGUUUUUUAAAUAUUUUUAUUGAUAUUGAUGGAAUUGAUGGUACUAAUUUUUGUUGUCUAUAUCUGAAAUGACCAACCCUCUCCUCUCAAAAGUAAAAUUAAAUAUAUGAGUAAUACCUUCACACUAGAAAGUUUGUUUUAAUGACCCACACCUCCCCUGAUAAAAAAUAGUGCCCAAUCUUAUGGGGAACGGGAAGCUUGAUCCGUCCGCCAAUUUGUCUUUUUGUCAGCACAGACGACGUCACUCAUUUUUAGCUUGCUCUUCGCCACAAGCAGCCCAAUAAUAAAACAUGCUAAACCUCUAAAUUUAAGUCGUCUUUUGUUUUGUUUCAGCAUUCAACAACGUUGAAGACAUGAUUGUAUCUCUGACUGGGGGAACAGUUGUGAGGGGUUUACUGUUAGAUAGACACGUGGCUGUAUCGAAUAUGGGGAAAUUCCGAGAGAAUUCACUGGAAAUUGGACGAACCCUGGAUUAUGAUUACUACAUCGGGCUGUGCGUCCGACCUCCUUACAACUCAACGGUCUGUGAAACUAUGAAGAAAUGCGUUCAAGACAUUGUACAAAGCCAAGCAUUUGAACUGGAAGCUUUAAAGGUUUGUAACGAUACGAUCAUAAUAAGCAGUUAUUAAAUUCAGCUUUCGUAUGACCUGCAUAUUUCCUCAGAUCAUACGAAUGCCGAAUCCAAUAAUUGUUUUGUUAUUGAUUCAAAAUAAUUUACACUUUUAACCUUUAUUACAUCGAUUGAUGUUAAGUUCCCGUCUUCAUUUCUCUCUUCUCCGGCAAACUCAGACUGUCAGAGGGAUGGUUUGUUUAGCAGAGAUUCUUGAAAUGACAGUUGUCAUUCGUUGAGUUGUAUUUUGGCUGUCUUCUCUAUGUUUAGCAAUUCCUUCUUGACGGUCAUUUCAACAAAACGUACAAAAUUUUCCGCCAUUUUCUCCAGCUCUACUUAAACAACUGAUCUGAGCUAACAAAACCUCACUACAAGGUUUCUCGGUGGCCAUCCAAACUCCAAAUUUGAAUAGAAACAUAAAUCAAUGAACAAAAAUACAGCUACGAAAAAAUAUAUAUUUAAAACAUAACCGGUUCAACUAUGUCUUCUUUAAUUCUUCUUGACUGUAAUUUGUGCAAAUUGGCUGCCCAUAACUCUUUUGGGUUUCUUAUAUAAUACUUUUUGACCUUUUCAGUAAAUUUGCUAACAAUUGGUUCCGCCCGCCGUGACGUCAGUCGUUUUCUUUGUUUUUCUUUCUAGCAGCUGUUAUCCCGCGAAGUUUCCGAGGAGCAAAACACGAAAGAAUCUUCUAGUUUGUUUGAUGAUUACGAUUUUCUCAUCAUUCUUCUUGUUCUGUUUGCUGUUCUUGUAAGCGGUGGCCUCCUGUGGGAAUAUUUUUACUAUAAGCCUAAAAUGGAGCGUAUAAACAAAGUCAAUGGUGAGUAGUACAUGAAGCUCUGUUCCCUGAGCAUGCUCCGUCGGUGGAGAAAAACAGAACGUUCCAAAUCGCUUUGUUAUACUUUUGGUGUUAAUGAAGACUAAUGACAGUUUUAAAAUGAAAUUUAAGAAAUUUUAAUGACUAAACAUAACUGCUACAGCAAUAACAGUUCGUCUUAAAUAAUGAUGAAAUCCUUGAUAGUUUUUUUUUUAUUUUUCUAAGAACUGUCCAAGUGCUAAUGCUUGCCAGAAAAGGUGCUUGAAUUUAAGAUCUCAGGAAUGGAACGGAUGCCAGGUCAAAUGACCAAGCUGUUUCGGCUAUCCGGUAACACACGAGUGUUGGACUCGAUGGUGUGGCUUGUUAUGUUGUGAUCGAAAACAGAAGAAAUGGGAGGAGGAGGGCAAAGGGAAAAAUGCUAUUCAACGGGCUUGACUGUGGUUUUAAACUUUUAUAAGAACUUAUUAUCUUUUUUCGUUUUGCAUGUCAAAAAGAUGAAUAUGAAAUGCAAGAACAAGAAAAGGAUUCGGACAAGGCAGUCCUCUUAAAAAACGAAGUAGAAGAACUGUGCGAAGAAUGCAGAGCUAAAGUAGAACACAUUGUCAAGGAAGAGGGAAAACAGAGACUACAGGAUCUUCAGACAGUAGUCAGUCCAUUUGAUGGCUUCGCUAUCAUCGGAAAUCAGAUAAGCUCUAUUCCUGGUGUUUCCUCCAUCAGGAAGAUUGGUUCAGAGCUGCCAAAUAAUGUUCAAAAUUUGACGCGCUUAGGAAAGAGGAACAGACAAGAUAAACUUCAACCAACAUGA